AUGAUGUCGGCAGAGAGUCCUGGUCAUCAAAAUGGCUUCAAGUCAUUUUUAUCUAAGGCAUUGCGCCCCAAGAAAUCCCGCCAAACCCUCCGCAAGGGCAGAUCGACCACAGACCUGCGGCUGUCGCCGCGCUCCAGUGUCGAGGAAGCUCCUCCGAUGCCAGAGCUGGCUCCAUUGCACGCCCAUAGACUCAAAUACAAGGAAUUGCACGCGCAAGUGGACUCACAACUAGGUGAACGAAGGGAUUACACGGAAAUUAUCCAUUCCAUAGGCACACUCGACGUCAACGAUACCAGCGCUGCAACUUACGAGAAUAAUGAGAAUCGGCCCCCAGGCGAAGGCGAUAUAGCAAGUCUCUCACCAAAGCUAUGGGUGCACAUAGCAGGAUACCUGAAUCCCGCCGACGCAGCAAGCCUAGCAAUCGCCAACACCACAUUAUACCAAAGAUUAGGUCCAAGAUACCUCAUGGCUCUAAACCACCCAGACAACGAAACCCACAAGACCAACUUCCUCUCCGGCCUGGAUAUCUCCUUCCCGCACCACCUCCUCUGCUUCCCCUGCAUACAAUACCACAGACGCACACAAGAAGGAAAAGAACGCAUCCGUCCAUCCCACGUCAUAAACCCGCUCUUCAACUGCCCAAACGCCAAAAACCCCCUGAAACCUCCACCCCGCCACCGCAUAACCCACGGCCGUAAUAUCCCCUUCGUAUUCGUGCAGCUAGUCAUGCGCGCCCACCGCUUCGGCCCCAGCUACGGGCUAGCCGCGGAAGCGCUCGGCCGCCGCUGGCAGCGCGACGACUGGUCGCACACAUCCCGCUUCCACAUCAACGCAGGCCGGCUCCUAAUGCGCGUUACCAGCCAGACCUUCGCGGAGCCGGGACUCGCGCCGUCCGCACAGCGCAUGCUCCUGUACUCGCGCGAAGACUACUGGCCGUACUUUAGCGCGUGCGCGCACUGGCGUGACGGCGAGCUGAUGCCGUCGUGUAAGUGUGCGCUGGAGCAUAUCCCGCGGCCGCGAAGUACUGGUGGGUUACAGGGGAUCGAGCACCGGGUGAAGGACCGGAUUGCGGGGCAGGUGUUUGAUCCGAAUGCGCUGACGACGCUGUGUGGGUUUUGUCGGCCGAUGCGCAGGUGUCCUGAGUGUCCGACUGAGUAUUUGAUUGAGGUUAAGCUUUGUGAGGACCAUGUGGAUAAAAGGUUCAAGCAGGCUAUUGUUGUUACGCGGUGGAGUGACCUUGGGGACGGGACUACGCCUGGUGGGAUUGAGUGGGGGGCUAUUAAUGGAAAGAGGGAUGAUUAUGAUUCUUUUGUGCAUUACGCUAAGCGUGGGAUUGCGAGUAUCUUUGAGGCGGCUUUUACGGCGGAUACGCUUCCUGGGCAACGGGUUGUUUCGCUGAAUCCGAAGAACAAGAAGCUUGGGGAGAAGGGGGAUCAGUGGUAUUAG